CUGAAGCUUACCUGGGGGGCCGUUCAGGAUUCUGCCUCUCAGCCGACUGUCCCUUUUCAUCACCACCCAUGGCUUUAAAAAUAAUUCUUCUUAGGCACUUGGAGGAGGAGAGACACAUUGUGAUAGAGUAGGGCAGUUGGCUGUAGGGAACUGGUGAUUCUGGCUAUCUGAGGGACCAGGAUCCAGGCUCUUUGAGCAGGGUGCUUCCUUUGAGGUCUCGAAGGACUGGGGCGGGCUUGUAUGUGGGCCCUUGCAGACCAGGCUGUACCUGUGCGUGGGGUUCAUUGUCAUGGCUGAGGGGAUCCAGGUGUCCAGCUCAGAGCAACUCCCAGAGCAGGCCUGUAGAUUAGCUCAGCCCCCGCAGGGCUCGGGGCAGACACUGUACCCCCUCACGCCUGGCCUCCUUCUGUGGUUUGGCCUUCUGAGCAUCCCUUUCCUACAAGAUGGACUGUGACUGGUGUCUUGUCGGGCAACUUAGCUUCUAGUUCCAGCUCGGCCGCUCAGCCGCUCAUUCACCAUGUGGCUGAGCAGUUUGCCGCAGAGCUGGCUGAGAUCCAGCUACAUCCUUGGGCUCACAGAGCCUCAGCCUCCCACUCAGGCCUCCGGUUGCCCACACUCCAGCCUUGAUGUGCAGCCUGAUAAAGGCUGGGCCGCAGGCAGCAGUGCUCAGUAUGCCUGGUUCCUCUGGUGUUCUCUGUGGUCAUGACACAGCUGCUGCUGCUCAUUGUGGCUCUCCUGGCCCUGAGUCAUCUGCCUCCAGGGAGAAGUGAAUUUAAGCGGUGCUGGAAGGGCCAGGGGGCCUGCCGGACUUACUGUACAAGGCAAGAAACCUACAUGCACAUGUGCCCAGAUGCCUCCCUGUGCUGCCUGCCCUAUGGAUUCAGGCCUCUGGCCUCUAAGCCUUAAUAUGUGGAGCUGGUUCUGGGGCUGGCACCCUUGCUCUCCAAUAAACACCUGCUGCUGGCUGUCUCCUUUGCUGCUUGCUCACCACCAGGCCACCCCGUGCUGGGGGUACGGGGGUGCACGAGGUCCUGGUAUGGCCGGGAUGUAGGGUUGGUUGGUGAAGGGAGGCGAGGCGCCCGGGGCCAGUGGGUAUUAAUGA